CUGCUAUGCAUGGGUGUGCAAUCAGCACCCAUGGGAAUCGAUGCAACCAACUCUAGCACUUCCGCAUCAUAUCCGCGAAUCUUUGUCGUUACGGAUAUCUCUAAUGAGCCCGAUGACCAAAUGUCGUUGGUUCGAUUGCUUGUCCAUUCUGACAUUCUGUCAAUUCAAGGCAUCUCGACAACAACCUCCUACUGGCUAAAUGACACCACUUAUCCUGAGCACAUACUAGAUGUCAUCGACGGCUACGAGAACAUUACCACUAACCUCAAUGCUCAUACCGAAAACACGUUCCCCAGUGCUGACAGCCUGCGCUCUGUGGUCAGAGCAGGUCACUCGGUUUACGGGCUUGCGGCACUCAAGAACGGUACGCUCUCAACAGGUGCUGAGUUGCUCAUCUCGGCGGCUGGCAAUUCGAACGAGACUCUGCACGUCUUACUCUGGGGCGGUGCCAACGUACUGGCCGAAGCGUUAGACCACGUCAACCGUACGGGCUCGCAGGGAGACCUCGAAACUUUUGUCAGCCGACUCCACGUCUAUUCGAUCUCUGAUCAGGACGAUGCUGGACCAUGGAUUCGCAAGAACUUCCCUCAAAUUCCAUACAUCGCCUCAGUACAUGGCUUCAACAUGUACAAAAAUGCUGCAUGGACUGGUAUUAGUGGCGACUUGUUGUAUGCCUUCGAUGCAGGUGGUCCAGACUCCACACUUGUCGACGACACCUACAUUCGCAACAACUUCCAAAUCGGCCCCUUAGGCGCGAAGUAUCCGGAUAGAGCUUUCAUCAUGGAGGGCGACAGCCCCUCGCUUCUUUCGGUCAUUCCCAACGGACUUAAUGUACCGGCUCGUCCCGAGUUUGGUGGCUGGGGUGGUCGAUAUAUUCUGUCCGACAUCUCCGGUGCAUCGAACCACUAUGCAGAUACCAUCGACAGAGUGGUGGGUGUUUCCGGAAAUACCUUUGUCUCCAACCAUGCAACCAUUUGGAGAUGGCGUAGCGCGUAUCAGAACGAAAUGAGCGCACGUAUGCAAUGGACCCUGUCCUCGAAUUACAGCUCAGCCGUCCACCCGCCCAGGAUCAGCCUCAACGGAACCACUGGAACUGCGCCAUACUCAUUGAGUGUCCGGCCAGAGCAAAGCAUUAUCUUGAACGCGUCAAGUACUAUCGAUCCAGAUAGCAACUCGAGUUCCACAUUGACCUUCGAGUGGAUGCACUACAAGGAUAUCACGGCCAGCAAUCAAUACAACGCCAAUGCUCAAAUACCUCAGCUCAACUUCACAUGCUUGAACCAGGCUUGUUCGACUAUCCAAACCAAAAUGCCGGCUGAAUCUCUUGCUUGUCCGGACACUGGUUGUCAGACCUAUCAUGUUAUCCUAUCAGUCAAAGGACAGAGCGCGACACCUAUUACAAGAUAUAGGAGGAUCGUCUUAGAGACACAGGGU